GCCAGCGCAGGCUAGAGUCCCGUCCUGAGUCACCGCCGCCCUGAUGUCUGCAGAGGCAGCUGCAUCCAUAUGUGACCUGGAGUUUGGUGGCGUCCAGGUGAAGGAGCCCAGCGAGGGGGGCAGGUGGCGUGGGUGCUGGUACGAGCGGUUUGUGCAGCCCUGCCUGGUUGAACUGCUGGGCUCUGCCCUGUUCAUCUUCAUCGGCUGCCUGUCAGUCAUCGAGAACGGGACCGACCCUGGGCUGCUGCAGCCGGCACUGGCCCAUGGGCUGGCCCUGGGCUUGGUCAUAGCCACGCUGGGGAGUAUCAGUGGUGGACACUUCAACCCUGCGGUGUCCCUGGCAGCCAUGCUGGUCGGAGGCCUCCACCUGAUGAUGCUCCUUCCGUACUGGACCUCCCAGCUGCGUGGGGGGCUGAUCGGGGCCGCCUUGGCCAAGGUGGUGAGUUCCGAGGAGAGGUUCUGGAACGCGUCUGGGGCAGCCUUCAUGACAGUCCAGGAGCCCAGGCAGGUGAUGGGGGCAGUGGUGGCAGAGAUCAUCCUGACGACACUGCUGGCACUGGCUGUAUGCAUGGGCACCAUAAACGAGAAGACCCAGGGUCCUCUGGCCCCAUUCUCCAUCGGCUUCUCUGUCACCGUGGACAUCCUAGCAGGGGGAGCCGUGUCUGGAGCCUGCAUGAAUGCUGCCUGUGCCUUUGGACCGGCGGUGGUGGCCAACCAUUGGGACUUCCACUGGAUCUACUGGCUGGGCCCGCUCCUGGCCAGCCUGCUUGUAGGAGUGCUCAUCAGGUUCUUCAUUGGAGAUGGGAAAACCCGCCUAAUACUAAAGGGGCGGUGAAGCUGAGAUGGUGGAAUUCCUGCCACCCUAGGGGCCCUCAGUGGACCUGUCCUGGACUGCAGACCAGACAGCUCUGCAUUUCCUGCCGGGGCAGAGCUCUGAGAAGUGACUGAUACGCUUCCCCUGACUUGGGUCUGGCUU